AUGAACGAAGCAGACUUCAAAAAUAUAUUGGCUACCACAGCUUCCAUAUGCACAAUUCUACAGUUUCUAACUGGAAUUUUCACUUGCCAAAAAUUUGUACAGAAUAAAAGCACGGGUGAUAUAUCAUCAUUUCCAUUUGUUAGUGGUUGCCUUUCCACAUCACUUUGGCUCAGAUAUGGGUUUUUGAUCCAAGAUCGAUCUCUGAUACUGGUCAACACUGUGGGAGCCACUCUGUUUUUUGCAUAUGUGGUGACUUUUUAUCUCUAUAGUAUUAAAAAGACCAUAGUGGUACGACAAUUUACAGGAUGUUUAAUUUUCCAGAUAAUUGCAUUACUGUACAUUCAUAAUACAGAGAGCCCUGAAGGAGCAAGAUCUCACUUAGGUUUAGUCUGUAGUGGAGUAACAAUACUGUUUUUUGCAGCUCCUUUUACUUCUCUUCUGCAUGUUAUUAGAGUCAAGAAUACAGACAGCCUACCCUACCAUUUGAUUUUUGCUACUUUCAUAGUUUCUAUACAGUGGUUGAUUUAUGGACUGGUAUUAAAAGAUCCAUUCAUUCAGGUUCCAAAUUUACUUGGAUGCAUUUUAUCUGGAGUGCAACUAAGUCUGUUUAUAAUUUACCCUAAAAAUGUUAAACCUUUCACUAAUGUGUAAAAAAAUAAUAAUUGUAGGAGAGUUGAAAAUAUAUAUUUACUCAAUAGGACUACUAAAACAACAACUAAACUGAAAUUGUAAAUGGUUGACCCUGUAAUACCUGCAGCUUCUCAUAUUAUUUGUAAUGUUAUUCUUUAUCUUCUCACUUUCUUAUAGAUAUUCAAAUAUAAGAGUGAUCCAGUUA